GAAAAAUAAAAGCUAUACCCCCUUUCCCCAUCUCCUUGACGAGCCCCACAGUCCCCUCGCUCCGUGGAUCAUUCUUCCUCCUCGCGCGAGCGCCGCCACUCAUCCCGCUGCCGAGCGCCCGAGCCCCCUAGCUCGUCUUCCUCCUCGCUCGAGCGCCUCCACCGCAGGUUUAUCUCCCCUUCGAUUCUCUCGCUCCCGACCGUUUCUCCUCCCAUCACCCCACGAACGGAUUCCGCCCUUUAGAUCCCCGUUUCAUAAUCUUCCCCAAUUCGUAACUGAGGCAAAAAUCAAGGUAGGCGGGCGCCCUACCUUGCCCUACUGGGUCCUCCGCCCGUGCUGAUGGGCAAGAAGAAGAGUAAGCCUCAAAGGCCAAUAAAGUCGUUGAAAGAUGCUGAGCAAGCACCAUCUUCAGAUUACAUUGGAGGAGAUGCUCUUGAUGACCUAUUGUUGAAGCUUACAAGGAGCGUGGAGGUUGCAAAGGCUUCAAGGGGAGGUUUGCCAGAAAAGAUAUGGAUGAAGCAACAAUUUUCCAUUGGAGUCAAUGAUGUGACAAGGGUUCUUGAGCGAAUGCCUGCUGCUGCUGCUUCUCAUUCUGGCUGUUCUAUUGAAGCACUGACUGGCAAAGCUUUGCGGAGAGCUCCGUUGGUGCCACUUCAGGCUGUCCUCAUAGCUGCUGAUUGCAAUCCCAAAUGGCUAACAAAACACAUACCAACCCUGGCAAGUACAAGGGAGGUUCCCAUAUUGUGCCUCAAGGACAACAAGGGAAGCUCACUGAGGUUAGGUCAAGUGGCAGAUGUCAGAACAGCGCUGGCCAUCGGUAUAAAGGCUAGAGACAGCAUAAUCAAUAAGACUAUUGACGAAGUACUGAAGAGUAGUAAGCCAGUUGCCAAUGAACAGCAAAUUAGACAAUUAGUCCCCCAGUCCAGUGAUAUGAUGGACUAAAUCUGAACCUCUGGGUGCUCAAUAUUCCAAGAACAUCUUGAAGGGAGAGUUCUCCAAAGGAGAUCAAGUGUGUCGAUGGAUGCAGCAUAUCAGUCUAAGAUUGACUGCUGGCCUUCUGGCUGACAUCUUUCGCUGCCAAGACUGCGAAGAACAGGCUUAUAGCUUGUCUGUCUGGUUGAUGCACUCGCUUGAGAAGAGGAUGAUAUGCCGGAACAACUUUUCAGUAACACCGUGCUUUCACAACUGUUUGGCCGAGGUCUCUGAAGCCGGGUUUUUCAUGUAGUAUCACAAAAGUAAAUUUAUUUGUGCAAAGCAUUUUUGUUGUCUGCGACCUUGUCGGUGAUUCGUGUUCACAUUAAUUAUUGUCAUGCAUAUUUUAGCAGUCAUUAUGCUCUGUCAGACAUCGAUGUAAAAUGAUAAUGUUGUAAAAAAAAGAGUCGGUUUUAGAUCUAAAAAUAGAAACCAUUGUUAGUUUUACUCUGCCAUUUUUCA